AGACAGAUGAAAGUUGUUCAGUGUUCACUAUCCCAAUCCAAUGGGUGUGGCUACACACUUGAGAUAAGGUCCCAGGUUCGUUAACACAGUUUCAGUAGAUGGCCGCUGUUGGCGCUGAACAAUUAGGUUGAAAUCGAAUACUGGCAACUUUCGGCAGUUUUGAGUUUUGAGUUUUCAUCUUUUCAGUCUCAGCAGCAUGGUCUCAGUCGUGGGUUUCACUGUUCCCAUGUGUUUGUCACUUCCGUGAUUCAAGAGAAUUGGACAUGUUGGAGGAGGAGGACAUCAAUCAUAAUUGUAAUUGCAGAGGUUAUGAGGUGAACACGGAGUUGCAGAAAGCCAAGAAAAAAGAUUACUUGCUGAAGCGACACAAUCUUGAAAUCGAUGAUGAGCCCCUCAGCCCUUUUCAAGAACAAAAUUGUAACAUGAGCAUUGAGGACGUAGUUAAUGGUAUCAACAGUGGUGAAGAAAGCAAGGAAAUGACUGCAACCCAUGCUGCAAGUAAAAUCCUCACCAGGGAAUGUGAGCCGCCCAUUGACAUCCUCAUCAAUGCCAAUGUUGUUCCGAGGCUGGUAGAAUUCCUUAGUCGUGUCAACAACCAUCAUCUUCAGUUAGAGUCAGCAAGGGCUCUCACCAACAUUGUGUCAGGAACAUCUGAUCAGACCAAAGCUGUUGUCAACGCUGGGGCUGUUGCUGGUUUUGUGUCUUUGUUGGGUUCAUCUCAUCCAGUUGUGGCCUUACAAGCUGUCCGUGCUCUCGGCAUUAUUGCUAUAGAUGGACCAGAGCUAAAAAAACAUAUUACGGACCAAGGCGCUCUUAAUCCCUUAAUCAACUUGAUUAAAUUGGACACUUCAUCAACUACAUUAUUGCGCAGUGUAGCUUGGACUUUGUCCAACUUGUGUCGUAACGAGGGCAGUCCACUCAGUAUCUAUACAGUUCGACAGCUUCUUCCCGCCCUGGCCCACCUUCUCAACACCAACGACAAGGAUAUUCUCGCCGCCGCUUCCAUGGCUCUGUCGAAUCUCACUUGCGUCCUUUGUUGUUGUUACAAAAAAAUCCAAGAUGCUGUCGACGCCGGAGUCGUCCCUUGGCUCGUGGCUUUGAUGGGUCACCAUGAAGAGGCCGUUAUCACUCAAAGUCUGAGGAUAAUAAACAACAUUUUUGUCAUGUACCACGGCAAUUCUGGUCUGACCAAAGCAUUUUUAAGUUCGUCUUCUGGGCUAAUUGCUGUGUUGGGUUCACCUCAUUCAGCUGUGGCUGAAGUAGCUUUCCUGGUUCUCGGAUUUAUUGCAUAUGACGAGCCAGAGCUAAGAGAUUUGGUUAUUGAGCAAGGAAUUCUUAAGCCAUUGCUCAACUUAAUUAAACUCGACACUCCAGUUGAAGUUUUGCGCAGCGUAACUUGGACUUUUUGGAACAUAUGUUAUAAUCCUCCCAGUAUCCCUGUAGUGCGACAGCUUCUUCCCGCCCUGGCCCACCUUAUCCAAAUCGACGACGAGGAGAUUCUCACCGCCGCUUGCCAGACUCUGUCUUUCCUGACUUACUCCGACGAACAAAUCCAAGAAGUUGUCGACGCCGGAGUCGUCCCUCGGCUCGUCACUUUGUUGGACCACAGUGAAGUGAUCGUCAUUCAACCCGCUCUGAAUACAAUACGUGACAUCCUUAGCAGCAGAAAUAUUGAAACCGAUUCCGUCCUUGCUGCUGGUGCCUAUCCGUUGCUGGCCAAAUUGCUUGUCCAUUCUGAUUUGGACAUCGUCGAAAAGGCUGCCCGUAUCGUGUCUUACAUUGCUGCAGGCAAUGCCACCCAGAUUCAAGCUCUCAUUACCAACAACGUUAUUCGUCCGUUAGUGGACGUGCUGGGCAAUGGCGACUUCAAAUGCCAAAAGGCAGCAGCUUUGGCCAUUACCAACAUCACUAUGGGUGGCAAUGUCGAGCAGAUCGCCUUAUUGUGUCAGUUUGGUGCCGUUGCUCCGCUGUGCACUUUGCUGGAGACCAAGAAACCCAAGACUAUCGUGGUCGUAUUGGAUUGCUUAGCUAAUAUUUUGGCGGCUGCCAAGAAAAUGGGCGAGCUGGAGAAAGUUUCUCUUGACGUAAGAGUGUGUGGUGGCUUGGAUUUAAUCGAAGUUCUGGUUAUCCACAACAAUGUUGAUAUUUCUCACAAGUCGCUGGCUGUUCUGAAGCAGUAUUUCUCCACUGACAGGGAUGAAGAUUCUGAGUUGGCGCCAUCGAUAUCGCAGAGUGGCAAUUACGAAUUCAACACCCAGCCAUUUCAAACCCCCGAAGGAGGUUUCUCAUUCUAAAUUUUGUAAAUCUAAAAUUCUUUUUUCUGCAUAUACAACGGUCAAUAUAUUCUUCACUUCUUCCCCAUCCUAACCAUGAGUUUUGGCCUUUUCUUAAGUUUUUUUCAAAUUGUUUUUUAAUUGAAUGUUGCCAUGCACGACGUCUUCUUUCCUCUUUCUCUACAAAACAACUUGAUCAACUGUGCAUUUGAUUCGUUUGAUUUUGUCGUGCUGGUUUUUUUUGUAUUGUGAAUUUGUCUCCUUAUUGCAGGUCGUCGGUUGCUCACAGUUUUUUAAUGUUUAUUUGUCGUUGAUAUUUAAUUUGCUGGUAACCUUGGCCGUGGACAAACGAAAAUCUUGCUCACAAGUUGGUGUUACCUACACCAGAUGACUCUUACGAUGUCAUUGUUGAAAAGAAAUACAAGAUUCACGGUGGGUAA